AUGGUGGAGGAUACAGAAUUUGCAUCCCCAACUCCUGAAGUGAAUGGUGAUGAUCAACUUCUUGAACAAAGUCCAACUCCAUUACCAACUCCAAUAAGUGGAGCAACUACAACUACAACCAAUAAAUCAUCAAGUCUGUUUGAAACUGCCUUACAAGUAUGGACUGAGAUUGAUUUACCUUCUUUACAACGGAAAUUGGAUGAACAAGGAUUGGAAUUGAAAGAUGAUCAAAAGAAUUCUUUACUGAAUCGUAAAGAAUUAGCUUCUAAAACUAAAGAAUUUAGAAAGUUACUGGAUGAUGAGAAAUUAGAUCAAUUUAAAUCAUUAUUAAAGUUAUAUCAGAAUGAAAUUGAUUCAUUAACCAAUCGAAAGAAAACAGUUGAGAAUUAUUUCUUUGGCAUAUAUCGAUUAAUAGCAGAAGCUCCUGAUCCAAAACCUUUAUUAGAAGCAUCAUUGGAUUCAGUUAUGCAAUCAACUGAAGUUGAUGGAUUAAAAAGAGAAGUUGAUAGAUUAACAGAAGAAUUAACUCGAAAAGCAGAUUAUGAACAAUUGAAACAACGAUUAUUAAGAAAUGAACAAAAAGCAGCCGAAUUAUUAACCUCCAAAUUAAAUGCUAAAGAUGAUGAAUAUAAAUCAUUAAUCGAUGAAAAGGAAUCAAAUUGGUUAGAAAAGGAAAAUCAAUACCAAUCUCAAUUAAAAACAGCUCAAAAUCAAAUUGAAGAAUUAAGAACUUCAAAAGAAGUAACUGAAUUACAAUUGGAUUCUCAAAAUAAAAACCGUUCAUCUCUUCAUGAUUCUUCAUCAACUCCUUCCUUAUUAGCUCAAUUAGAUAUAGUGUCAAGAGAUGCCGAAUCUUCUAAAAAGAGGAUAUAUCAAUUAGAAAAGAGAAAUGAAGAUUUAAGACGAGAAUUAUCAAAAUCUAAAAAUGAUAGUGCUAUUCAAAGUUUAAAAGAAGAAUUUUCUAAAAAAUCAUUGGAAUUAGAAGGAGAGAAUGCAUUAUUAGUCGCUAAUUUAGAUCAAAUUAGAAAAAAAUUACAUGAUUCAAUUAAAGAAAAUAAUACCAUUCAAGAAACAUUUCAUAAAGAUUCUGAAAAAUUUAAUAUUGAAAUUAAAAAUCUUAAAUCUCGAUUGGAUAAAACUUUUGAUUAUGAUGAAAUUAAACAUGAAUUACAUCUUUUAAGACAAAUUGAAUUUGGUCAAGAUGAUGAUAAUGAAAAUGAUGAAAAUGGAAAUGGUGAUUUAACUAAUACAGAUUCAGAUGAUACCAACAAUCUUGAUAAUAUCUUAAUUAAUAGAAAUAAAAUCUUAACUCAAGAAUUAGCUCAAUAUAGAUCUCAACAUGAAGAUAUCCAAAAACAAAUUUCCCUAUUAGAAUCACAAAAUACAAUUUUACAACAAGAAUUAAUUAAAUCCCAAGAAUUAAAUUAUAAAUUAGAAGACGAUAUCGCCGAGGUUCAAGAUACAGUUAAAUUUAAUGACAAUUCAAGUUUAAUAUCAGGGGUAAGUAGAGUUACAAGACCAGGUAGAAAUGGAAGUAUAAUAUCAGGAUAUUCAGGAAGUAAUACUAUAUUAGGAGGUGGUCUUGGUGGUGGUGAAGAACCAUCAUCGAUUUUACCUAUCAUAACUAAACAAAGGGAUAGAUUCAGAGAUCGUAAUACUGAAUUAGAAGAAGAAUUAAAAAAGCAAUAUAAUACAUCUACAAGUCUUAGACGAGAAUUAAAUAUCUUAAAGAAAGAUAAUGAAGAAUUAUAUGAAAGAACAAGAUAUCUUGCAUCUUUUAAUCAAACUCAACAAUCAAUUGCAUCAAGAAAUACUUUCUCAGGUAAAAAAUUAUAUCAACCCAAACCAAAUGUUGAUCUUGAAAGUAAUCCAUAUCAUCAAACUUAUGAAUCUAAAUUACAUCCAAUUGAACAAUUUAGAAUACGAGAACAAGAAAGAAUUAAUUCAAAAUUAUCUCCAUUAGAAAGAUUAUUCAUAUCCUUAACUAGAGCAAUCUUAGCUACAAGAACAACAAGAAUGUUAUUUUUCUUUUAUUGUUUAGGAUUACAUUGUGUGGUAAUGUUUAUUACUAUCUACGCUAUGAGUUUACAUACAACUUUCAUACCGGAAGUUGGGUUGAAUGCAAGUACAGGUGGUAUAGCUAGUGGUCAAGCUGGAUCUCCUGAUAUAAUUGGGAAAGUUCAAACCCCCGACGGGAUUAUUUAA